GGGAACUAAAGUUCAAUCUCAUGGAAGUAAAACAAGAAGUUAAUGAUGGAACAUCUCAUGUUCUUUUGGAGGUUUGUAAAAUUGAAAUUAAGGAGGAACCCAAGACAGAAAGUACAUACAAUGCAUUUGAUUUAGAUUUACAAGAAUUCCCCAAAAAGACUGAAAUAGUGCAAGAGGAACAUAAAUUUACGUCAUUUGAAGAAAAACAAGUAAAUCGUGAAGGGUUUCCACAACAGAAUUCAUUUGAAAUUAUUAAAACAAUACCUGCACAUACAUGUAAUAAAGAACAAAAUAUGGGUAGAUCUGAUGAAAAUACAUUAAACUAUGAAAUUCAUGUUAAGCAGCUGGAAGAUAAAAGUUCUUUAAACAAACAUAUGAAAAUUCAUACUGGAAAUAAACCUUAUGUGUGUGAAAUUUGUUUGAAGCCAUUUUCUGAUGCAUUUAAUUUGAAAAGACAUUUGAGAGUGCACACAGGUGAAAAACCUUUUAAAUGUGAAAUUUGUUAUAAAGGGUUUGGUAUGGCACAUCAUUUGAAACAACAUAUAAGAACACACACUGGAGAAAAAUGUUAUGAGUGUCAAACUUGUUUUAAGCAGUUUACUACAGCAUAUUAUUUGAAACAACACAUAAAAACCCACACUGGAGAAAAACUUUACAAGUGUGAAAUUUGUUAUAAACACUUUGGUCUAGCACAUCAUUUGAAACAACAUGUAACAACACACUCUGAAGAAAAACCUCACCAGUGUGAAAUUUGUCUUAGGCAGUUUACUGUAGCUCGUUAUUUGAAACAACAUAUAAAAACCCACACUGGAGAAAAAAUUUACAAGUGUGAAAUUUGCUUUAAGCAAUAUACUGCAGCAACUAGUUUGAAACAACAUAUGAGAUCACAUACUGGAGAAAAACCCUACAAGUGUGACAUUUGUUUGAAUCAGUUUGCUCAUGCAGGUGGCUUGAAAUACCAUAUGAGCUCACAUAGUGGAGAAAAACCUUACAAGUGCCAAAUUUGUUAUAAGGAGUUUGUUUUACCACAUGAUUUGAAAGAACAUAUGAGAACACACACUGGAGAAAAACCUUACAAGUGUGAAAUUUGUUUGAAUCAGUUUUCUCACACUAGUGCUUUGACACGACAUAUGCGAUUGCACACUGGAGAAAAACCUUACAAGUGUGAAAUUUGUUUGAAGCAGUGGAUUGAUGGAAGCAGUUUGCAAAAACACUUAAGAAUGCACACUGGAGAAAAACCUUACAAGUGUGCAAUUUGUUUGAAUCAGUUUUCACAGGGAGGUGCUUUAAAACGACAUAUGAGAUUGCACACUGGAGAAAAGUCUUACAAGUGAAAAAUCUGUUUUAAACAGUUCACUAUAACUACUUGUUUGAUACAACAUAUGAAAUCACACACUGGAGAAGAACUUUUUAAGUGUGAAAUUUGUUUGAAGAAGUUGAUUGAUGUAAGCAGUUUGAAAAAUCACUUAAAAUAAAUGAUGUGAUGUAAAUUCAGGAGUGUCAACAGAAGUGAAUACAUCUUAUAGCGCAUUAUUAC